GUGUCCUCGUCUUGUCGCAUAUUGAUCCAGCUAGCUGAUCGUUAGCUUUUGUGUCAGGAUGGUGUCUGUGGUGUGUCAGUGUUUGUCCGUUGUUUCUGGCUAAAGGUAUCUGGCAUUUGGCGGCUUUAAUGUUCCGUGCAGCUAAUCUAAAAACCAUCGGUAAAGCGGGAACCGGCUGGCACUUUCGCCGGACGAUGGACGAGCUGGUCCAUGACCUGGUGUCAGCACUGGAGGAGAGCUCAGAGCAAGCUGCGCGUGGUGGUUUCGGUGAUGGAGGAGACCAUGCACUGGCAGUGGGCUGUCUGCUGAAGAGGCAGGCUCGGAAGCGGAGGGGUAGGAAACGGCGUUCGGACAACCCGCACCCGCCAUGGGAGACAGGCCACCUCAGCGAGGGUUCAGAGUCCAGUGUGGAAGAACAUAAGGACUACCGCGCCAGCACAGGAGGUGUUUCUGCUGCCAACAGCCAUGCCCGUGACAACAGUGACUCAGAUGAACAGCUUGGCCCCAAACGGCGCACCCCCCUCACCGCUGACAUGGGGCGAAGCAAGCGGCCGCUCUGGCCUGACGACCUGGGCGUCCUGGGGUCGGCAGAGGGAACCCGCAGCCUCAGACGGCGACGUAAGGUCAAACGUAUGGCUGUGGACCCACCUGUAGAACCAGAGCCCCCCUCCUCCACCAUGCUUGGGCCUCCGCCUGUCCCCAAAGCCCGCGUCGGUGGGAGGCCGCACAGACUGGGUUCGAAUGAGGACAGGGGCGCCAUGGACCUGUGCGGAGGUGGCCUAGUCGGGCCGGGGGGAGGGAAGAACAGGGUGAAGAAGAGGAAACUGGCCACACACAGGCUGGGAGUGGAGGCUGCAGACGAAGGGGUGGUGGUGGAGAGUGAGGACCCCAUCUCUUCACCAAUGGAGGGGUCCAAGGACAAGAUGGAGUUGGAGGAGCAGAAGGGCUCGGAUGAGGACAUGAGUGACAGGUGUGAAACCAGCAGUGUCAGUAACAGCAGUGACGGUGGCCUCUACACCAAUGAUGAAGGAAGACAAGGUGACGACGAGCAGAGCGACUGGUUCUAUGAGGGCGAGCCAGGCUCUGGGUCAGGGCCCGGGGGUGCGUGUGGGAUAGCAGGAGUGGUUCCCUGGUGGGAGAGGGAGACAGGGUCAGAGGAGCUGGACCUAGCUGACCCGGUCUUCAACAGCAUCCUCACGGGAUCCUUCCCACUCAUGAGCCCUGGAGCACAGAGAGGUUUUCAGGCCAGACUGAAUCGUCUCCAUGGAAACCAGCAGGCAUCUGAGGCGGGGUUGCAGGGCAGCUCCAGCCAGGGCUUCAACGACAGAUUGGGUAGACAAACCCAGGACUCGCAUGAGCCGUGGUUUAGCUCGGGCUCCAGGAGAGAACACGGACAGUUACACUGGGACCCGCGGACAGACAGAGGACAUCGGAGGAGCUGCUCUGUAAAAACAGCCAGCAGACAGACCAGCGGGCACCUGGGCUCUCUCUGUACAGGGGAUGUCAAGCGGAGGCGAAAAGCAGCUCCCCUCGGCUCCACCGCCCCCUCAGGAGUGGUUGGGGAGAACGCUCCUCCCAUCCCAGACACGAACAUGGGGAACCGCAUGUUGCAGAGCAUGGGCUGGAGCCCGGGGAUGGGCCUGGGUCCAGAGGGAAGGGGCAUCACCGAGCCCAUCCGGGCCACACAGAGACCCAAAGGCACAGGUCUAGGUUUCAACUGAACACCUGAGUUUCUGGAUCCUGAACCUGAAGCAGACUGGGUCAAGACUACGAGGAGUGACGGGAGAUGAAAAUGCUGCUCAGGGUGAUGAACAAUUUAAAAAAAAAAAAAAAAAAGAUCCAUAAUAAUCCAAGCACGUGAGUGAGGCUUGUCCCCAGAAACAGAGUCUGAGCUGAAAGAGAAACUUUCCCAUAUUGGGGAAACUGCAAGAAGUUGGGGAAAGUGAAUGACUACAGCUGAGCUGGAGAAAAUGCUUUUGGCAAACAUGUCCUCUCAAGAAACUCCAUGUUGGAGGAAAAUAAAUGACAUUAAUGCCUCAUUGUUAGUGUGUUGAGCUGGCAUGCUGCCUCAGCCCUGUUACCUCAGAUGCCAGCGACACAAGCCUCAGACUUGGGGUAUUGUUGAUCAUAUACAGAGAGCAGCUCUGUAGAGUACACCAUUGAUGACAGUGCGGUUUGUUCUCAGUCAGUGGCAUUGGUUAGUGAAUUAAUGAUAAAUGGUUUUGUCCAAUAUUGUGCAAGCAUUUUGGAAUCGAAGACUAUUUGAGUAGGCCAUACCUCAAGAUUUAUUUUAGGUUCCUUUUUAUUGUAAUGAAGUUAGGGUACUCUGUAUGGAUGUGUGUUGGGAUAUCAGGAUGUUUUUCCCAUCCAUUUUAUUGUUAGUUUAAUGGAAGAAGUCGUGUCAUCAGAAUGUUUUUAUCUACCCCAAAACAAAGAAGAUAAAAAUCAAAAACCACAAUUUUCCCUUUAUUUAGCACUACUGUGUAUGCAUGUGCAGCUGUGGCUGCUGCAGGUUUCUGCUGAUGUUUACUAAGAAAACACACGUCGGGACACGUGAGGUAAAGUCUUGCCAUCGACUCGCUCGACUGUCCUAUUUUACCCAGUUUGUUAUAAAGUAUUUUAUCUUGACAAAUGUUUGUACUCCAGACUGCGGUGUUCGCCUACCAUGGCCAUGCUCAGUUACUUUACACACAGUACAUAACUAAGGAACUACAUGACUGUCAGGUUAUGCAUAUCAGUGUUCAGUCCAUGCAGGUUUGCAAAUUCUAGUCAAGUGCAGAAAAUAAAUACAUUUACAAUUUCAGUGACUGCAGAAUUUAGGGGAAACAACAAGGAAGUUUUGCUGUCGUAUUACACAUACCCGAUGGUUCACAGGUGUUCAUCUGUUCAGUUUGACCUUUUCUGAGGACUGUGGGUGAGAACAGACUGUGGCUGUUUAACUAAUCAGACAGAGGUGAAAACAACUGAGUGGAUGUGCAGGACUGAACCACAAUAAAAACAACAGAGGAAACACUAAUCAUCUUUUUUAAAUUAGUUGGGAAUUGCAAUUCACCUCGCUGUGAUGUUUUUAUGAAUUCUCAAUUUGACUUUUGGGUAGUAAAGCUUAGCAUAUUGGCCUGCCACCUUAGAUUGUUCUGAAUAGAUAUUUUAACUACAUUUAAAUCUAGUUCAGAGAUUGCAGCCCAGAAAUGAUUGGAAAUUGUGCAGGAAGUUGUACUGUAACAGUUUUUUUUUUCUUCUAAACAUGUUGUAACCCUGGAGCAGCAAAAUGUUUAUUAUUUUUUCAAACUAGGCCAAGGCCAAUUCAGAGAAAUGUGAGGUGAGCUGUCAGUAACAGAGAAAAUUAUAUUAAACUUUGGAGACUGUCUAAACUUUGUGGCUCUUAUUUUCCUAUGAGGCCAAUCCUGCUAUUCUGGAUCAUGGCCAGUGGCUCAUUUGAUAAUUUAUUUUACCUAGAGCCCAACAGAUGCUGGAUUUUUUUUUUUAGGCCGAUACCCAAUGGUGUAAUUUCCACUAGCAGUAGUUGGGGACAUGUCCCAUCACUUUUUCUCAGUUCCAUUAAGUGCCCCAGUAAGUUAUUUCAGUGAGCCAGUACACACAAUACCAGGGUCUGUAAGUGGAGCUAUUUGUGUAAUUAAAUACACCUGUGCUUUUCCUGCUGUUACACUGAAAAAUGUCUGCCAUGAAAAAGGUCUGUAGCCUAAUGAGCAGGUAACAAGUUGUUGGUGGGCUUUUUGCCCCGGGUUUGGACUCUCAGGCUACAUACAGGUUACCCUAGCCUAUUAGAGGAGGUUACUGAGGCUGUAUGCAGCCUGUGAGGAAGACUGCAGGAUUUAAUUGAAAAUAAACUAAAGCUUAAGGAGUAAA